AUCAUGUGAGAAGAAAACAACCCAAGUGUCCCAACAUUACUUGCAUACCCUUACGAGCGACGUGGUGCCUAAAUAUCCACCGUUCAACUUCACGAGCCAAUCCCCCCUAGCACUAAAAGUGACUAAACCCAUCACGUAGUUUUUCUAUAAAGGCCAGUUCAGGGCACACAAGUUCAAUAACCCAGAUCGUCUUCACUUUUCUCUUCUCUCUUUUCUCUUCUAAGCUCGAUCUUGUGCUUCAUCAACCUCCUUGAUCAUACUUUGUGGGUGUUUCAGUCAAGAAACAUAUAUAAAAUGGCUGCUUCAGCUUCCACGCAAUCGAUAUUCCUAGCCAACUCCGUCGCUUAUGGAGCUGGAAUGAGGAGCUCAGUCAGGGUAAACCAACUCUUACCAACUCUUCAUAGGUACCCUAACAUGAGGGUGCGCUCCAUGGCUGAGGAUGGUCUACCUGAGGAGAAACCAUCUACAGUUUCAGAACCAUCAAAGAUUCCAGCAGCAGCACCUACACCUACACCUUUCCCACCACCACCAAGGACUCCCAAGGUUAGCACCAAGUUCGGGGACGUUUUCGCCUUCAGCGGUCCGGCACCGGAAAGAAUCAACGGCAGACUUGCAAUGGUUGGCUUUGUCUCAGCUCUUGCGGUUGAACUGUUAAAGGGCCAGGACGUGUUUUCUCAGAUCUCCGACGGUGGAGUCUCGGUGUUCCUUGGUACUAGCAUUUUGCUGUCGGUUGCAUCCGUGAUUCCUCUAUUUCAAGGAGUCAGUGUGGAGUCGAAAUCAAAAGGGCUCAUGACCUCAGAUGCUGAGUUGUGGAAUGGAAGACUGGCCAUGUUAGGUUUGGUGGCUUUGGCUUUCACCGAGUAUGUCAAGGGUGGAACCCUUAUUUAAGUGUCUCUUUAGGGGGUUGUAUUUAGCAGUUACAAGUAUUAAUGAGAAAGUUACGUGCAUUUUUAUACUCC